GUACAUCAUUUGGUAUCAAAGCUAGUUGUUACUCAUCUCUCAAGGACCAUACACACUUCCCCAACUCCCUCCCUAAAUUCGGCCUAACCACAUUCAACCCCUACUCCCACUUCUUUCCUUUUCCUCAACCAUGUCAAACCCACCCCGAAGCAUGUCUCAUGAAGAACUCGUAGCCGCAAACACUGCCUUGCAAGCUCAGGUGGAAUACCUAGCCAAAGAAGUGGCUAAGCUCACGAAGCAAAAGAUGUCCAUGUUACAAGAUAGUGAAGAUGAAGAGGAAGCUAGCUCUAGUAACACCAUGAGAGCUAGGGCUCAUGAAAAGUCCCAUUCUGACUUCAAAGUUGAUAUUCCAAUCUUUGAAGGAAAGAAUGACCCGGAUGAAUUUCUUGAGUGGUUAGAGACAGUGGAACGAGUCUUUGAUUUCAAAGAAGUCUCCGACGACAAGAAGGUCAAGAUUGUGGCCUUAAAAUUCCGCAAGUACGCCUCCACUUGGUGGACGAACACCUGCACCAAACGGAUUCGAAGUGAGAAGCCUCUCGUUGACUCAUGGCAAAAGAUGAGGAGUCUCUUGAAGAAGAAGUUCCUACCCACUGAAUAUUCCCGAGAGAACUUUGCUAAGCUUCAAACGCUUAGGCAAGGUACGAAGUCAGUGGAAGACUACACCCGGGAGUUCGAGGAACUCCUACUUAGGUGUGACUUGCAAGAGAACGAAGAGCAAACCUUUGAGCUGUAUAAGGAAGACGAAGACUUCAAAGACACGUUCUCCAAGUGUCUUUUGCGGCCCCAUGGAGAGUUCCUCAUCAAAGAUGCGGCGUCUAGGAGCAGCAUGCGGGUCCUGGCAGCAGCAGUGAAGUUAGACGCCAGCGAAGGCCGGGCGGUGAGUUGGCCUGGUCCAUGGGGAAGGUGCUCCGGCGAACGACCUUUAGUGACCGGCGACGUCAAGGGAUUCUUGGCCAAGGGUGAAGGGAAAGGGGAAGGGAAUGAUGUGAUUUUGGACUUAUGGGUUUGGGAUAUUAUAACAGUUGCAGAAAUGAUUGCACAAGGUGUGUUGGUGAUGCUUCCUGAAAGCCCAAAAAGUCAAAUCGUACAAGAGGUGAAGCAUACCGAGGGUCCUGUCUCGAAACCGCCUUCAUCCGCUGCACCAGAAAUGCUGGAGGAACCUGUCAUCCUAACAUGUGUUGAAGACACUUCUCCAGAGGAACCUGUUCUGGAGAAAUUUGAGCCCAAAACCGACCCCUUUGAUUGUGACACUGAUGAGUCAGACAAAUCUAUAAACGAGGAACUACCUUGUGAUGCUGAUCGAAUCCAUCCUAUCUAUAGAAGUUCUUGAUGCUGAAAUCUCACCGGAGGAUUCAGACGAAGUUUUCUUCGACUCCCUACUUGACGGGUAUGACCAUUCUUACCCGAAGAAAAGUUAUAGUCAAUU